AUGGCUAAUGAUUUACAACAACUUGCUCUGAUAGAAAAAACUUCACAUUUAAAUUAUCUACGUGAUUUUCGUGUUGAGCAAUGUCAACUAUUUCUCCAACAUAAAUGCACACAACAUCGGCCGUUUUCAUGUUUCUAUUGGCAUUUUCAAAAUCAACGUCGUCGGCGACCGAUCCGUCGAAAAGAUGGAACAUUCUCAUACGAUCCGGAUUUUUAUUGUAAUGAUUACGAUGAACAAAGCGGAGUUUGUCCAAAUGGUGACGAUUGCUUUUUGUUACAUCGAAAUGCUAAUGAUACAGAAAAACGUUACCACUUACGAUAUUACAAGACGGGUUUGUGUACACAUGACUGUGAUGCAAAAGGCAAUUGUUUGAAAAAUGGUCUGCAUUGUUCAUAUGCUCAUGGUGCGAACGAUUUACGACAGCCUGUACUUGAUAGUCGAGAAAUUCAAAAUAGUGACUUGGCUCUGGAGAGGUUAACACGUCUAUGUAUUAGUCUGGAAAAUGAACGGGCUUUGAACGACGAUCCAAAAUGGAGUGAUUCACAUUACGUUCUGGCAAAUUAUAAAACUGAACCUUGUAAACGUCCACCUCGUCUCUGUCGACAAGGUUAUGCUUGCCCGCAGUAUCAUAAUCCGCGUGAUCGUCGACGUAAUCCAUCAAUAUUUAAAUACAAAUCAACACCUUGUCCACAUGUCAAGCAAAGCGAUGAAUGGAUCGAUCCAACUGUGUGUGAAUCGGGUGAUAAUUGUAAAUAUUGUCACACUCGUACUGAACAACAGUUCCAUCCUGAGAUUUACAAAUCAACGAAAUGUAAUGAUGUUUCUGUUACGGGAUACUGUCCACGUGGACCAUUCUGUGCAUUUGCUCACAUUGAACAAGAAUUAAAAUCAUACAGAGACUUCGAUGUUCAUUAUACAAGUGAAUUACCACUAUCUUCAUUUAUACCAAUUCCUGAAGAUAAAGAAGUCGAUGUUGCUGAUUUACUAUCAUCGUCACGAAACAUUCCAAAAAGAUCUUCACAACCAUCUGGAUUUGAAGCUGGUUCAUUUCCGGGUGCUGUUGUGAAAACACUUGAGCAACACUUACCUGAUAGACAUUCUCUUGUAACACACAACUCUGGUAGUGGCUCGUUUACUAUUCGAGGUAUGCUUCCACAGCUCUCGCAACUGCCAUCACCGCCACAACAACAGCAACAACAACUUUUUCGCCAAUAUCAUCAACUACCACAAGCAUCCGCAUCCACAUUUCUUAAUGAUCAAUUUCUCCUCUCGGCUGCCGAACUUGCAGCUAGCCAUUCUUAUCCUCCACCAUCGUCGUUCUUGUCAACACUCGCUGCAUCCAAUCUUCUUUCAUCUAUCACUGCUCACAUGCACUCAAUAUCACCUGAACAACAUCUCAUGCCACCAACAAAUAUUAACGAUACUUAUAAUCAACAGCCAUUACCAAACGAUGUCAAGAACUUGAUUGGAUCUUCAUUGACGGCGAUCGGUUUAGAUAAUGUCAAUGAAGAUGAAUUCGAUAAGGCGGCAAGCAAUGAGCAAAACAAUGAACUUUUAUUAAUUGAUAAUGAUAUCGAUAGUUUUGAACGAUCAACAACACCAGCAACGAAUAAUACAUCACCAACGCAUUUAACAGCAAAAUCUUCGUCAUCAUCAUCGAAUCAAAUCACCAGGCCAGUGAAUAUUCCACAUUCGUUUACACAUGAUCAUUUCUCACACUCAUCAUCUGCAAAAUCACCGUUCGAUGCACCAAAUCAAUUGUUCGACGGAACUUUAGAAUCGCCAAUUGACGCACCUUUUCCCGAACCGUCGACAUCAAGUGGUGGGAGUCAACGGCCAGGUGAAUUAUAUAAAAUGGCAGGUUUUAGUCAAGAUUUACCGACCUCAUCGUAUCAGUUUCAAUCGACGUCUCCUCAACUGAUAUUUCAACGUCUCAGCACGACAAGCAAUAACUCUUUAUCACCUUCAUCAUCUGCAACUGAAAUGGAUUUAAUGCGUAAUCGUGUUUUGCAAAUGCAAACAUUGGCGAUGACAGAGAAAGAGUCGUCUGAACAUUGGCGUCGCGAAGCAGAAGAUAAUCGUCGACUAGCGAUUCAACUUGAACAAGAAAAGAAUCGUAUUAUUCAGCAACGUGACGACGCUUUCCAUCAAAUUGAACAAAUGCGUCAAUCACUCGUUCAAAAUAUGCGCAUACUACCAAACGAUCACGAUUUACUGCAAUUGCCAUUGGAUGAUGUACGAACAUUGCAAGCGCAACUUCAAAAAGAAUUAUCCAAACUUUCAAUGAUUGAACAAGCGAAAUCAAAUCCUGUUCAACAAGCCGCAUCGGCUAUACCUGGCACAUCAACUAUGACGGAAGCCAACGAACGGUCCUAUGUGGGAUUGAAUGCUAUUGUUCAAGCAUGCUCGAAAGUCUAUCCUGAUCAGUUAAAUCCAACCCAAGCAACGAGUCUAGUGAAAUAUUGGCUCGGUGGAUCGGAAUGCUUGGAUUAUAUAUCGAUUUACCAUAACCAAGGCAAUGAAACAUCAUCAGCACAUUGGCAUUAUGUGACAUUUGGCUUAAGUGAUCUGCAUGGCGAUGGCCGAGUGCAUAAAGUUCCAGCGAAAGAUGAUCCGAAUCCUUUGUCUGGCUAUGGUUUCGAAUUAACAUUCCGUUUGAAGAAAGCUCCGGAAAAUAAUAAUUCAGUUCAAGAAAUUCCAAUGUGGCCGUGUAAAUUAUUACAACAUUUGGCGAAAUAUGUUUUCAAAACAGGAACACAAUUUCAUGCUGGUCAUCACAUUCCGUUUGGCCAGACGAUACAUAACUUUUAUCCGUCCACGCAUGAUACACUGAUACGUAGUUUAUUGAUCACGACCGAUCGUCAGUUACAAUCAUUUCGAACAAAUCUUGGUUCGGUAGAGUUUCUUCAAUUAGUCGGUUGUUUCGAGAAUGAAAUGGAAGCCGCACAAGAAUGCAAUGUGGCUCAAGUAAUUGAUUUAUUCAGUGGCAAUCGAAGGACGGGUGGAUCUCUUUUGGUGACGGAUAUGUCACGUCGCGAAUCAAUUUUUGAUAUUCAACGAAAUGCUAAACAAAUGAUACAAGAAAAAAUUGAAAAAGAAGGUUCACAACUCGGUCGAGUUCUUGCACGAUGUGCUUGGAAUGUCGAAUCGGUUCCGCUCAACGAUACUCAUUUUCGAUCGGUUUCUUCAAUCGAUCUGACAUUCGAUCUCGAUGCCGCGAAAAUAUUUGUCAAAAUCCUUCGAACGCGAUUACGUCGUGGCAAAUGGUUCAUAUUCGAUUCCUUGAAUAAUCAAUCUAUUUGUUUUAUUUCAACUGCGGCGAACAAUCAAGGCAUCAUGGUCGACUCGAUUCAACAAAUAAUGAUUCUAGGCAUGCGAGAAGCACAAAUUAUGCUUUUACCUGAUCAUAUUGAUCUCUGUAUUGAUCUUAUGUCGCAUAUACUUGAUCUCAAAGACGAGCGAACGAUGCCGUUAAAAUAUGAAAUUCCGUUUCAUACCAAUGCAAAAAUCAUCAUUUCAAUCGUCUCUUCUGAUAAAUUUCCGUCUAAGCAUUUCGAACAAUCGUUGACACUACUAUCAACAAGAUCAGACGAAGUUGAAUUAAAUUCAUAUUGUUCAAAUAUGUUUCACAAAACGCCAUUUCCAUCUCUCCUUUCGUUUCUCAUCUUGAUGAUCGGAUGUGUUCUCUUUACAAUAUCGACGAUUUAUACGAUUCAUCGAGUUCAACAUAGUGAAAGAUGGGCGUGUAAACGAUGUUUGGGUCUAAGUCGAUUGACAAUCGGAUGUGGUGUGGCAAUAACGAUUAUCUUUGGCUUGUCCUCCGUUCUGUUAGCGAGUGUUCUGAGCGGCAAAACACGCAAGAAAUAUUUCUGGGGUUAUCGAAAAAACUUAUGCGCACGUAUCUUAAACGGCUUCGUUCUAUUUAUAACAUUUCUCUUAACCAUUACAUGGCUCGGCAUCACUUGUUUAACAUUUAUUCCAUUAUACGGUCUCUUUUACGUUUAUUUCGUCGUAUGUAGUGGUCGUUAUGCGACAGCAGGUGGAAGUUUCGUAAAUAUUUUGAAUGAAAUCAACCAACACGUUCACGGAGAUAAUGAAAAACCAACUCUUUUUAAACUGGCCGACGUCUGUUUACCAUCUGUUCGAUCCUACCGAGAAUAUUUCACAUUGAGUAUUGUAACAACAGCGUCAUGUUUGGUUAUUCUGAUCGGUUUGAUCUUUUUAAUGAUUGCUCAGGGUGCAAAUCAUGCGUAUGUGUAUAAUGAUCGAGCACGGUAUGAAGUUGCACAAAAUGGAGAUCAAGAAAUCGAAGAAACAAAAAUGUGA